CCGCCUCGAUAAUCUCUUCAAACAGCGUCUCCGCUUCAUUAACUUCCUUCGCAAGACACAAUCCCCUCAAGCUCGAGCUUCCGUCAAUGGCGGAAGUGCCGGUAGCAGCUCUCGCGGUAGAGGUUUCGUCUUGCCUGGUGCGACUGUGGCGACCAUUGCUAUGCUAGGCGCUCUUCAUGCUCGCCGUCUCUAUGAUGAUAAAAAGAUUGAAGAUGCAAGACAGAAGGGAAUCGAGAUGGAAUUCCAACCUGAUGUGAAAGCAUCAUUUAUGAGAUUGCUACCUUUGCGCUCCAUUUCCAGGUUCUGGGGGUUCAUGACUAGUGUGGAGUUUCCAGUGUGGAUGCGUCCAUAUGCAUAUAGAGCAUGGGCUCGCGCUUUUCAUUCAAACUUACAAGAAGCAGCUUUGCCUUUAGAAGAAUACUCAUCUUUGAGGGAGUUCUUUGUCCGUACUCUUAAAGAGGGUUCCAGACCCAUUGAUUUCGACCCAUGUUGUCUGGUUAGCCCAGUAGAUGGAACCGUUCUAAGGUUUGGGGAGUUGAAAGAAGUAGGGAGUAUGAUUGAACAAGUAAAGGGGUUUUCUUACUCUGUUCCUGCACUUCUUGGCGGAACGUCAUUCCAAUCUAUGACUGAAACUGAAGCAGAUGAUAAUGAACGAAAAAAUGGUCGUAAUGGAAACUCUGACCCGGAGACAACUAAAAAAUCAUGGUGGAGAGUUUCAUUUGCUUCUCCAAAAGUCAGAGAUCCUGCCCCAGCACGGUAUUCCCUGAAGCACUAUAAUGCUAUGUCUACUUAGCAGUUGAUGCACGGGGGAGACUUUGGAGGGCUCAGCGCCUCAGCCUAUAUCUUGAUAUAGACCCUUGGAUCCCGCUUAUCUUCAAUCAAUUUCCAACAGGCGCCAAACUACAUUUUUGGGUUUGUUUUCUCAUUUUUAUUUGAUAAGAAAUCCGGGG